AUGUCGUCGACCCACCGCGGCGUGCCACUCAAUGUGGUAGCCCGCAUCCAGCCGACACCCCCGGGCGAGCUCAAUACCACCUUUGGUGUGCUCAUUAACAACAACAAGGUGACCCUCGAGCAUGACUCCCGCCCCUCCUCGCAGCACACAUUGGACUAUGUCUACGGCCCGGAUGCGACGACGCGUGACGUGUUUGAGCGAUCGCUUUAUCCGACAGUGGCCAACUUUGUUGAGGGCGUCAACGUGGCCAUCCUGGCGCUCGGCGCGUCGGGAUCGGGCCGCUCGCACACCCUUGCCGGCCCGCGUGAUGGGUCGGAGAAGGGUGCCGUGGCGCUGGUCAUCGACGCCGCCUUUGACUUGCUCCGCGAGAAGGAGCGCAAGGUGAACAAAGGCUCGAAGAAGAGCGCAUCAGCGCGGCCGUACCGGUACCGGGUCCGCGGGCGGUAUCUCGAGGUGUACAACGAAGAGGUCAACGAUCUGCUUGACCCGGGCAACGCGUCGCUGGAGAUUGCGCUGUCCGAGGAGCGUGGUUGGCACGUGUCGGGCCUCUCUGGGAGGUGGGUGGAUGGGCCUGAUGACCUGGCAGACCUCUACGAUGAGGGUCGGGCGUCACGAGUCAACAUGGAGACCGAUGUGGGGCCGGCAGCGCUCCGCGCCACAGGCAUCUUCACCAUCGAGCUGACUCAAAGCCUAGUUCUUGAUGGCGAGGCGGUGGAACUGCUGUCAACGUUCCACGUGGUCGAGCUUCCGGCGGCCGAGAAGCUGAGUGAGGAUCCUGCAGCGCUGCGUGUCCGCGAGGGCCCGACGCUCAACCGGGCGCUGCUCUCGUUUGCGCGGCUCGCCACCUCGCUUGCUGAUGAGGGCACCCGCGACUUUGCCAACUACUCCGAGUCCAAGGCGACGCAGCUGAUGUACGACGUGCUCGGCGGCAACUGCCUCACGCUUGUUAUCGCCACUCUGGCGACGACAGACUACACCCGGGCGGCGACGACGCUUUCGUGGGCCGACACGCUCUCAUCGGUUGAAAACUAUCCGGUUGUUAACGACGCCCGCGUCCGUACCCUCCUCCGGCGGGCGCGGCUUGAGUACCUGCGUGCGCGCGACGGCGUGAGCGGUGGCGGUGGCGCGCCCGGCGCCAUGCCCAGUAGCGGCGGCGACGGCGACUCGGGCUCGGUGACCGAGAAGCACCUUAUGAAGAUCCAUCAGCUGGAAGGCCGAAUCAUCAAGGACAAUCUCGAGAAGAUCAAGCUGCGUGAGGACAAGGACAAGAUCCUGACCAAGCUCACUGAACUUAAGGGCCAGUACGAGAAACUCGUUGAGUCCAAGGCCUCGAUCCAGGCCGAGCUCAUUUCGUCCGAGGAGGAGCGGCUGCGUGUGGCCAAAGCGCUCAUCGACUUGCAGAUCGAGAACAACUCACUGGAGGAGGACGGUGAGACCAAGAACUUUGAGCUGGUCAACAAGGUGCUUUCGCUCGAGAACGACCUCAUGGAGGCCGAGAUGCGCCACCAGACACAGGAGCAGCUCAUCGCGGACAUGCGCGACGCGCUCGAGUCGGCCGGCGACGAGGCUCGCGAGCUGCAGGUCGAGUACGUGGCGCUCAAGACCAACUUUAUGAACGCCAAGGCAGCCCACGCCGCCGAGACCGCCAAGAACCAGGAGCUCGGCCUCGAGCUGCUCAACCUGGUCAAUGCCAAGAGAUCGCUCGAGUCGGACAAGACGAGCCUCGAGAAGCGAGUCGCCGAGCUCCUCAACAUGCAGGGCGACGCUGACGCCAUGCUCCAGGCGCAAAAAGACGAGCGCAACCGGAUCGAGGCCGAGGUCCGCGACCUCCGCGAGCAGUCGGCCGUCCUCAAGGCCGAGCUCCUCAAGCAGCAGGUUGCGCUCGAGCAAGAGGUUCUCGAUCUCGAGUCGCAAAAGGUCGGCGUCCAGCGCAAGAUGGUCGAGGUGGAAAAGUCCAAGGCUGACGACGUGGCCUCGCUCAAGCGCCAGUUCGAGGCGUCCAAGAAGAAGCAUGCCGCAGACGUGGCCCGGCUGGAGGAGCAGAACCAUUUGCUCAACCGUGACCUCAACCGCGCCAAUCGUGCCGCCCGCGACGCCGAGGAGCAGCUCGCGCGCGCCAAGCACGAGACCAAAAAGGUCGAGUACGAGCUCAACGCAAAGGAGGCCGAGCUUGCCAAGGCCCAGGACAAGUACCGCAACAAGCUCCGCGCGUACAUGUCGGAAAUUUCCAGCCUCUCGCGGACCAUGGGAAAGGCCGAUGAUCUUGCGGCGGCGAAGACCUCGCACCGCUCGCACAAGUCACGCUCGCACAAGUCGCGCCACGACCGCAAGUCUCGCCACCGCCGCUCGCGCUCGCGCGACUCGGACUCUGACUCGGGCGACGACGUCAACUCGGAUCGCGCCGCCGCCCUCGCCAACGCCAAUCUCCACGCCCAGCAAAACCUCGACGCGCUCGUCCGCGAGCUCACUGAGUCGUACGCCGAGAAAGAGGCCGAGCUCAGGGCCGCCGUCGAUCGCCUUCGCUCGCGCAACCGCGAGCUUGUUGCCCGCCAGUCACUUGUCCUCUCGGCGUACGCCAAGCUCCGUGGCCAGCUCGAAGAUGAGGGUGUCAAGGCCGUCGCAGCGCCGUCAAUCACGGAGCUCGAGGACUCGGUUGGCGCAACCGACCUUAAGACUGAAGUCGAGCGUGAUCUGGAGAUCGCGCUCGCCGCCGCCGAGGCCAAGGCCGCCAACGCCGAGGACGCGCUUGCUCGCCAGGCCGAGUCGAACCUCAGCGCGCUCGAGAAGCACCAGCAGACCGUGCUCGAGCUGCAGGCCCGCAACGCUGCCGUUGCUAACGAGCUUGAGGCGCUCCGCAUCUUCAAGUCGACCGUCGAGGCCUCGGGUGGCUCGGGCCUGGCCCUUGAAGACGUCCACGACGCGCUACGCUCCCAAAUUGAGUCGCUGCAAACCACAGUGACCGCGUCGGAGAAGGAGGAGCUUGUCGCUCUUCGCCGCGAGGUCGAGGAGCUCCGCUCCGCCGCGCGGCUCGCCUCGGCCCGCGCCACCGAGCACAUGACCGUCAUCCAGCAGUCUACCGGUGGAGACUUUGAAGAGCUCCGCCGUGCUCUCAAGGACUUUAUCCUCAAGACGCAGUCGCGCCUCGAGACCGAGCGCUCGCGCCUCCUCGCCCGCGCCACCAUGGCCGAGGAGCAGCUCUCCCAGCUCCAGCUCCACAUGAGCCGCCAGCGCUCCGUGCACGUCACUCAAGCCCACGUCACGCCGCAGCCUCGCCAUCACGUCCCAACUCGCGACUGGACAUGAUGAUGGUGAUGCUGCUGAUGAUGAUCCCGCUUGCCACGACCAUGGUUUGCCUGAUAACAGUGUGGUGUGUCGUAUCAUCGUGUGCGAUGGGAUAGUGAGGACUGAAGACGUGUGUGUGUG